AGUUGACUGUAUAUAAACGAGUGGAGAGCUCACAAAAUAAUUCAGUUUGAGCUACGUACUGGUUGAGAACAGUCGAUCGGUUGAUAGCUAAUCACCACUACAAUAAUGGCCACAACAAAAGUACCACUAGCAGCGCGACAACUUGCGCUGAUUGGCGCCAGAUCAACACACGUUUCAGCUGCGUUGAAUCCGACUGAGAAUGUAAGUAAUGCACGGGCCCGUGCAUUUAGCGAAGUGCCCCGACCAGGAAAACUGCAAUUCUUGCGCGCUUUUCUGCCGGGUGGGGAGUUUCGUAAUCUUUCCAUAACGGAUUUUGCGUUGACCUUGAGGAAGCGGUAUGGCGAUGUCUUUGUAAUACCAGGUUUUUUUGGACGCACGGAUUUGGUAGUCACAUUCAGUACCAAGGAUAUCGAGAUGGUAUUUCGCAAUGAGGGAAUUUGGCCAGACCGAGGUCUAUUCGAAUCAGUGGCUUAUUUUCGCGAGCACAUCAGGCCCGAAGUGUUUGAAUCGACGAAGGGACUGGUAGCCACGCAAGGCGAGGAGUGGGGCAAACUUCGUUCGGCUUUGAAUCCUGUUUUUAUGCAACCCAAAGGCCUGAAGAUGUACUAUAAACCAUUGUCGAAUAUCAACAAUGAGUUUAUUGAGCGCAUCAAAGAAAUACGUGAUCCGAAGACCCUGGAGGUUCCCGGUGACUUUGAGGAGGAAAUGGCACGCAUGAUUUUCGAGUCAAUUUCUUUGAUUGCCUUCAAUUGCGAAAUGGGCCUCAUACGCAAGCAUCGUAACAAUCCCGAUGCUCUGACGCUAUUCAAAUCAAGUCGAGAUAUAUUUCGGUUGAUCUAUCUGCUGGAUGUACAGCCCUCAAUUUGGAAGUAUAUAUCCACACCGACCUAUCGCAAAAUGAUGCGCAUCCAAAACGAGAGUCUAAAUGUUUCUCAGCGUUUAGUCGAGGAGGCUCGCUUGGAUCUGGAGCGGCGCCGUGCGGCCGGAGAGCAGACCGCCAACAGCAGCAUGAUGGAUCGAAUGUUGGACAUUGAUCCCAAAAUAGCGGUAAUCAUGGGAUGGGAUAUCCUUUUUGCCGGUGUCGAUGGAACUCUGAUGUUAUUGUCUGCGUUGCUUUUGUGCCUCAGCAAGAAUCAGGACAAGCAGCACAAACUGCGCGAAGAAUUGAUGCGAGUGAUGCCAACAAAGGAGUCACUACUCAAUGAGGCGUCAAUGAAGGACAUGCCAUAUUUGCGAGCAGUUAUCAAGGAGGCAUUGCGCUAUUAUCCCAAUGGACUUGGCACCACGCGCAAGUGCAAACAGGACGUUACCCUUUCGGGCUACAAUAUACCCCAAGGAACAGAUAUUUUGGUGGCUUCUAAUGCACUGAUGACGGACAAUGAAUACUAUCCACAAGCCGAUAAGUUCCUGCCCGAGCGUUGGCUGCGUGAUGCCGAGACGAACAAGAAGAUGCAGAUCACUCCUUUCACUUUUCUGCCUUUCGGAUUUGGGCCACGCCAGUGCAUUGGAAAGCGUAUUGUGGAUCUGGAAAUAGAAACCUCGCUGGCAAAAAUCAUACGCAAUUUCCAUGUGGAGUUCAAUCACGACGCAUCCAAGCCUUUUAAGACGACAUUCCUUAUGGAGCCAGCCAUUAAGUUCCGCUUCAAGUUCACAGAUGUGGAGAAUUAAUUUUAAGCAACAAAUCAAAAAACCUGUGGUUUUUUGCUGUACAUAAAUUGAUAAAUUGAUUAACAAAAAUAUAGGAUUAUUUUUUAAAAGAGCUGCUUUAAUUCAUUACUUAUAGUAUUAUAAACUGUAGAAAAUAUU